CUUUUCGGUCCCGAGUCCCCGGUUACAGACCGAGUCCCGAGCGCGCAGGAGGGAAGGGGGAGCCCAGGAUCCUCCCGCAGAGACUGGGAGACGCAGGAAGGAGGCCCCUGGACAGGAGCCGGGAGAUUUGGAGAAGCUUCACGUCGGAAAGCACAGUACAAAUGCUCGCCGUCCUUGUGAAGUAGGACCUGCUUCCUUAGAAAGGCAGAAGCUCUUCCACAUGUCUUCCAGUAAUGACCAAGUUUUUAUACAAAUGUCACAAACAAACACCGAUGGCCUCCCCGGGAUGAUCCCCAAAGACCAGAAGACGUUUACUGAGGGAGCUGUGUUAAGUUUUCGUAACAUCUGCUAUCGAGUGAAAGUGAAGAGUGGCUCUCUACUUAGUCGGAAAACAGUUGAGAAAGAAAUACUGAUGAAUAUCAAUGGGAUCAUGAGACCCGGCCUCAACGCCAUUCUGGGACCCACAGGGGGAGGCAAAUCUUCGUUGUUAGAUAUCUUAGCUGCAAGGAAAGAUCCACAGGGAUUAUCUGGAGAUGUUUUGAUAAACGGAGCCCCUCGACCUGCCAAUUUCAAAUGUAACUCAGGUUAUGUGGUACAAGAUGAUGUUGUGAUGGGAACACUGACAGUGGGAGAAAAUUUGCAGUUCUCAGCAGCUCUUCGCCUUCCAUCAACUAUGAGUAAUCGUGAAAAAAAUGAACGAAUAAAUUUGGUCAUUCAAGAGUUAGGCCUGGCUAAAGUGGCAGAUUCCAAGGUUGGAACUCAGUUUAUUCGCGGUGUGUCUGGAGGAGAAAGAAAACGGACUAGUAUUGGAAUGGAGCUUAUUACCAAUCCAUCCAUCUUGUUCCUGGAUGAGCCCACAACUGGUUUAGACUCAAGCACAGCGAAUGCUGUCCUUUCUCUCCUGAAGAGGAUGUCUAAACAGGGACGAACCAUCAUCUUCUCCAUUCAUCAACCUCGUUUUUCCAUCUUCAAGUUGUUUGAUAGCCUCACCUUAUUGGCCUCAGGAAGACUAAUGUUCCAUGGGCCUGCUCAGGAGGCCUUGGGAUACUUUGCAUCAGCUGGUCACCACUGUGAGCCCUAUAACAACCCCGCAGACUUCUUCCUGGAUGUCAUUAAUGGAGACUCCUCUGCUGUGGUAUUAAACAGAGAGGAGGAAGGUGAUGAAGCCAAGGAGACUGAAGAGCCUUCCAAGAGAGAGAAGCCACUCAUAGAAACAUUAGCUGAGUUUUAUGUCAACUCCACCUUCUACAGAGAAGUGAAAGCUGAGUUAGAUCAAUUCUCAGGAGUUGAGAAAAGGAAGAGCUCAGCCUUCAAGCAGAUCGCCUAUGCCACCUCCUUCUGUCAUCAGGUCAAAUGGAUUUCCAAGCGUUCCUUCAAAAACUUAUUGGGUAAUCCCCAGGCCUCUGUAGCUCAGAUAAUUGUAACAGUUAUCCUGGGACUGGUUAUAGGUGCCAUUUUCUAUGGCCUAAAAAAUGACUCUACGGGAAUCCAGAAUAGAGCUGGGGUGCUCUUCUUCCUGACGACCAACCAGUGUUUCAGCAGUAUGUCAUCCGUGGAGCUCUUCGUGGUUGAGAAGAAGCUGUUUAUGAUUGAAACCGGUGGUGGAGGCCUUCUUCAUCAUGAUGUUCACCCUGAUGAUGGUGGCUUACACGGCCAGCUCCAUGACAAUGGCCAUAGCAGCAGGUCAGAGUGUGGUAUCCGUAGCAACACUUCUCACGACCGUGUCUUUUGUGUUUAUGAUGGUGAGUAGGAACUGUGCUUCUCUGAGAAGUAAUUAUUUCCUCUGUUC